CUCCCCACCCCAGCCUUCUCUCUCGCUGCGCGGCGCCUCCUCACGCCUCCGCACUUCCGCAGUCUGUCCCCAAAUCUGUGCAAGACCUCUCGGCAAAUCCCCUCGCGGCGACGAGACAUGGUUGGGAGCGUGGGCAACGGGCUGGCGGAUUUGGACGCAGGGGCCAUCUCCAUGAACGGGGUGGGGAAGGCUCUGUAUCCUGCCAAGGCGGCGGCGGCGGCCGCCGCGGAGACGCUCCCUGUGGAGCUGGAGCCGCCGGAGGCCGUAGUGGCGCCGACGGGGGAGGAGGCUGCCAACGGGAAGAGGGAGAUAGUGAUGGGGAGGAACGUGCACACCUCCUGCUUCGCCGUGAAGGAGCCCGACGCGGACGACGAGGAAACCGGCGAGAGGGAGGCGACGAUGGCCAGCAUCCUCGCGCUCUACCGCCGCUCGCUCGUUGAACGCACCAAGCACCACCUUGGUUACCCGUACAAUCUGGACUUCGAUUAUGGUGCACUGGCCCAACUGCAGCACUUCUCGAUUAACAACCUUGGUGACCCCUUCAUCGAGAGCAACUAUGGUGUCCAUUCCAGGCAGUUUGAGGUUGGAGUGCUGGAUUGGUUCGCUAGCCUCUGGGAGUUAGAAAAAGAUGAGUACUGGGGAUAUAUUACUAACUGUGGUACAGAAGGAAAUCUGCAUGGGAUUCUUGUUGGGAGGGAGGUGUUCCCCAAAGGAAUAUUGUAUGCUUCUCGUGAGUCCCAUUAUUCAGUAUUCAAAGCAGCAAGAAUGUACAGGAUGGAUUGCGUCAAAGUCGACACUCUUAUGUCUGGGGAAAUAGAUUGUGCUGAUUUCCAGAGAAAGUUAUUGCAGAACCGAGACAAACCUGCCAUCAUUAAUGUUAACAUUGGAACAACUGUGAAGGGGGCAGUUGAUGAUCUAGAUUUGGUUAUCAAAACCCUCGAGGAGAACGGCUUUAAAGGUCGGUUUUAUAUUCAUUGUGAUGGUGCCCUCUUUGGAUUGAUGAUACCAUUUGUUAAGAAGGCGCCUCAAGUGACAUUUAAAAAGCCUAUUGGGAGUGUCAGUGUCUCUGGGCACAAGUUUGUUGGAUGCCCCAUGCCAUGUGGUGUCCAGAUAACAAGAUUGGAGUACAUAAAUGCCCUGUCUAGCAACGUGGAGUAUCUGGCGUCAAGGGAUGCAACAAUCAUGGGAAGCAGGAACGGCCAUGCUCCCAUCUUCCUCUGGUACACCCUCAACAGGAAGGGCUACAGAGGCUUUCAGAAAGAAGUCCAGAAGUGCUUGAGAAACGCACACUACCUAAAAGAUCGCCUCAAGGAAGCAGGAAUCGGAGCGAUGCUUAACGAGCUCAGUAGCACAGUUGUGUUUGAAAGGCCAAAGGAUGAAGUAUUUGUCCGAAGGUGGCAGCUCGCUUGUGAAGGGAAUAUAUGCCACGUUGUGGUGAUGCCCAGUGUCAACAUUGACAAGCUAGACUAUUUCCUGAACGAAUUAGUGGAGAAACGGGCGACUUGGUACCAGGAUGGAAUAAGUCAACCCCCCUGCAUUGCCAGAGUCGUAGGCUUUGAGAACUGUCUCUGUGGCCGUCAUAAGUAGUGUGAGCCUUUUGCAAGGGGGGUCAUUGAUGAGGGAGCCAUUGGCAAUUUUGUCAUUAUCAUUUGUGGGCUUCGCCAGUAUGCCAUCGGACCCACAAAUCAUAGACACAGACGGUCCCACCAGUCAUAGCAAAUUUCUCUUCAUGAGGUGCAUGUUGUACUGUAUCCAUGCGUUCUGUAUGUGUGUUCUGCGGUGUAGGCGUGUAGCUUAUUUGUUGUCAUGAGAAUAAAGUUCCUUCUAUCAAAUUUGAUGGAUGCAAGUUGCAUCAAGGUUGGCUCGUCUGUGCGGUGCUAAGAAGAUUCUCUUUGCUUUA